AUGGCCGAUGCAUUAUUUCAACAAGCCGAUACAAACAAAGAUAAUCGAUUAGAUUUAAACGAAUUUCGUAACCUUGUCUCUUCCUCUGGAGCAGGUGGAGGAAGUUAUGGAUCAUCUAGUUAUUCAAGUGGCGGAUACGGUGCCGACGCUUCUCUAGCUGGAUUAGCUGGAGCUGGUGGUGGAUACAAUUCGUACUCAUCAAGCUCAAGCUACGACGGUGGUGUUGCCGGAUUAGGAGGAGCUGUUGGUCUCUCUGGUUUGGGAGCGGGUGGUUACGGUUCAUCAUAUGAAUCAUCGAGUUAUUCAUCUGGAGCAGGAGUAGAUGCUUUAGGUUUGGCAGGAGGUGCUGGUGGGGUAUAG